AUGUUUAACACUUGGGCCAUCACUUUACCCAAAACCGAGGAUAUUCUUCACAAGAAGCUGAAGAUGAACCCGUAUCAUCCCUUCACCUGCAAUCAGCCUAAUGUCUUCGUGAUGAGCUAUGUUCACGCGGAUUUGUGGAAAGGGCUGAUUCUCUUCCUCAUCGUUAUUGUCGGAUUCAUUUUAUACCGAGUGCACCUCACCCAGGACCACCAACAGUUUUCUGGGUUCUUCAUCUUGCUGCUCAUCCUGGCUUUGUGGAUGAUCUUCUCCUCCAUUGGCAAACGAUACUUGGUGUUGGAUAUGAACAUGGGGAUGUACAAGUUUUACAUCUCUGGCCACUUACAUUUCCAGGGCCCACUGUAUAAUAUCUACAUCCGGCUCAAAGCCCAGAAGAAUGGCUACGGGGAGCUCCUGUACAAACUGAUCCUCAAUGGUGAAAAUAUCGAGCACCAAGACCUGACUGGCAUUCGCUUCUCAGAGGCACCUGAGAAGCUGGAGAGGCUGGGAAAGCGAAUGGCGAGCAAGCUGAAUUUAAAUUAUUUCGACCACCUCGACAAGUCUGACAAACACAUCAUAAGACAUAAGCCUCCCAUCUGGCUGCAGGACGACACCGCAAUAUCACAAUGCGAAUUCAGGUCAAUGUGUAAUUAA